UCUUGUCAUCAAAAUGUUCAUCAUUCUCUGACUUCUAUCGUCUCUAACCAUGGACUCGAUAGUCACCAUAACCACCCUCAAAGUGAACAUGGAAAUACUCCUUACACCCUCCCUGAAUUCACCUAUAUACCCCCAAUAGGCAGCACUCCCACAUAUGGAUCACGUGGUUUAACCACUCCUCCAUCACCAUCAUCAAGUAAUGAUCAGGAAAUGUUGAUCAGUUCAGGUCAUCUUAACCAUUUAGGCCAAUCUCAUCAACAAGGACAAGGACACCAACAAGAACCUCAACAAGCCCAAGGCCAUGCUCAUCCUCAUCAACACCCUCAACACCAGCAUCAUGCCCGUUAUAAUAAUAUACGUUAUAAUGGCAAUGAAGGUUACUUUGAAUCUUCCAACAUUAUGGUUAACCGAUCAACAGUCAAUGGUUUACCCGUAAAUGAGCCCAAUCAACAUGUCUCCCAGCAUCACCAUCACCCAGUACAACAGACAAACCCUCAUCUGCACCAGCAACAACAAGCACAAAAUCAUAAUGUACAUCAACAUGGGCACCAUCAAGUAUCUUUAGCCUCACCACUCAACUCACUUGUACCACCUCCAGUCAACUCAUCAGUCCUUCAACCUUUAAUAACUUCAGGUUCAACAAAAAUCGGAACAACCACAAGCGGAUCAACCACCACUGGAGCAACACCAGCAACAUUGGGGAUUGUGGUUAAAAGUCGUCGAGGUCGUCGAAGUUCAGGUCGUAAAAAGGUUACAACACAUUAUUGUACGUAUGUAAAUUGCGGUAAAAGCUAUUCCAAGUCAUCCCACUUGAAGGCUCAUCUUCGAACUCACACAGGAGAGAAGCCCUACCAUUGUACGUGGAAAUCUUGUGGAUGGAAAUUUGCUCGAUCAGAUGAAUUGACCCGUCAUUAUCGUAAACACACGGGUGAUAAACCAUUCAAAUGUAGUCUAUGUGAAAGAAAAUUUUCCCGUUCAGAUCAUUUAUCGCUUCACAUGAAGCGACACACAAAUCUUUGAUCAAACUCUUCCUCUCUCUCUUUACAGAUAAUAAUGAUGAUACAUUUUUUUCAAUGAAAAUUAUCAAAUGAAAAGCAAUAUAUUAUUACAUAUUGUAUAUCAUUAUUAUCACCAUUAGAUUAAUAGAUUGAAUAGUUAUGAGAGAAGCAAACAAUUGAUUUCACAAAAAAAUGAACUUUUCCAGAUCAAUUAUUCUUAGAAUACUGUUUAUAUUAUUUCAUCUUCCCGUAAUAUACAUUAUCUUCUUGUUUCUCAUCUUAUUUUAUUUUUCAUUUUCUUCCUUUUCUCUUCCAUUCUUUCAUCUUCAUGCAAAAAACCACUUUUUUAGUCUUCCUCAUUGUAUUAUACCUUUAAACCUUAGUGUAACAAAGUCUAUCCAAAUCAUGUAUCAAUAUCAAUUAUGACAAUAAUAAUAAGCCACAAAGCGGGCAAGAAAUGAAGCAAAAAAUA